AUGACACUUACGUGCUACUAUCUAGCAGCAAUCGAGAUAGUUUCAAACCAAAAUGAAGCCCACGAGAUUGUAUCUCAAGCCAGGCAAUAUCGUGCCCAGAAGUUGAAGGCUGCCAAGGCAGACGCUGCGGCAGACAUUGACGUCUACAAGAAGAAGAAGGAAGCAGAAUUGAAGGGAUACGAACAAGAGCAUUCCGGUUCGAACAAAGCUGCCGAGGAGGCUGCCGAAGCUGCGGUUGAGUCCGAGUUAAAGGCCAUCAAGAAAACUGCAGCUGAGAAACAGGCUGCCGUCGUGAAGUUGUUACUGGAGGCUGUCACCAAACCAACUCCUGAAUUGCAUAUUAACGCUGCCUAA